GGCUGGAGUACUGAAUUUAAAAAGCUGUGCCUUGUCUGACUGAAGUUACAAGCAUUCAAAUUCCAAAAAGCAAUCAAAUCGUUGGGAUACAUCUGCUAGCCAGGUACUGUGAAUACGACAACAACAACAAGCCGCAGCAAGAUGUCCAGAUCCGGUGCACAGGAGCAGGAGCAGCAGCAGCAGCAGCAACUGUUAGAUAGCCGCAUUAAGAGCCGCAAUGAGGAGGAAGUGGCCAGCAUCCCGGAGCAAGUGGAUUGGGCGCUCCAUGCAAAGCCGGGACCCUCAGCUGCAGCCUUGGCCAAUGAGUUAUCGCCGGUGAACAGCUAUCAGGAACAGGUGGCAACAUCUGCCCCAGCUGAGCAGCCAGUUGGCCUCGAGCAUGAUCAGGAGCUGGACUCACGCUGGGGCCGCAUGUUGCGCACGAUGACCCGUUGCCUGGUCUACUGCACCGAGCGCCUGGCCGCCGGCUUUGGGCUGAGUCGCCAGCAGACGGCCUGGUACAAACACUGCUGGGACAAUCCAAGCCCACAUCCACGUGGCAUUACCAUUCUGGGCGCCACGGACAGAUUCAUAGCGCCGCAUUCCAUGAUGGCAGAAGCUGCGGAGGAGAAUACGAUUUGAUUGCUUCUAAUUCUCUUGAUAUUUCAAAAAAUGAAGAAAUGAUAGCUUAGCUUUUCGAUAAAUUAUAUAAUAAUGUCUUGUUCCCUGAA